AUGGACCUCACCGACCCCGUCACCCGCCAGCCGCUCCCCGAAGAUGCCAUCCAGCGCAUCCUCUUCACCUGCCGCAACGUCCAUGUCUACCGGAUCCCUCCGCUGGCCUCCAUGGCCGGCCACGCCGCAGCCUCAUGGACCGCUGAUCCCUCGCGAGACAUCUUCAAAGCGAACCUGCGCGUCGUCGAAACCUCCUUUGAGUCGCCCGCAACCGACGGCGGCCAGGGCCAGUCCAUGCUCAGGGUUGACUUGGUGCUCGAGGACCCCUCCACCGGAGAAGUGUUCGCCGCCGCGCCCUAUACCCACGGCUCUGUCGUAGAGCCCGUCGUUGACAGCGCCCGUUAUUUUGCGCUGACAGUCCGCGAUCCUCAGGGGCGCAAGGCCGUCAUUGGCAUCGGGUUCGAAGACAGGUCGGAGGCGUCCGAGCUGUGCAUUGUUCUGCAAACGGCGCGGAGGGGGCUGGGCCUGGAAGACGCUGGCGCCAGGAAGAGCGAGGCGAGGCAGGAAGAGAAGGAUUACCGGCUGAAGGAGGGCCAGACCAUCACCGUCAAUUUUGGGAGCAAGUCGGCAACGAGGAGGAGGCUACACGAGUCGCCAGGCACCUCGGAUCCGGCCGCGUUGCAGUCCUUUGCGCUGCCGCCUCCGCCAAGCACCGCCUCCGCCCUGGACGGCUCUCAGCAACCGGGAGGAGGGUUUUCUUUGCCGCCGCCGCCGAGCGCCCAGGACGUCAAGAGGAAGAGGCAGUCGUUGAGAGAUUUGGGGUUUGACGACGGCAAAUUCGGCGAGUUUGCGUAA